AUGAACCCCGUAUCUUUUGAUACUGCAGCUGACAGACCAAAAGACUUAGAUGGUCUGGUUCUGGAAGCCUGGGGACAAGGGCUAUUGGUAGGUGCGCUAGUUGUGAUGCUAGUAUUAACUGCAUCCAACAUGAAGAGGUCCAAAAUGUUACACAAGCUCAUUGUACUUGAGCUUCUGCUAGCCGCUGGCCAUGGUGCCUUCAUCUUCUUUCAUAAACCAGUAUAUGGCUGGUAUUUAUCCAUUACUGCCAUCGGCCUAAAUAUAUCUUAUACCCUGCAUAAUAUAAUCGCAUGGAUCAAGAUCAAACCAUUUUUACCUCCCUGGGGGUCGCGAGUCUUUCUGGGCAGUUUGCUCUUGGCCCAACCGUAUUGGCUACUGGAGACCUACGCAAAUUUUUCCUUCUUCAAUCAGGGAAAGCUUCUCUUCCUCAAAACAAGGUUUCUGGAGCCAUUCUUCCGAGAACCGUGGUGGUUAUACGCUAGCUAUGCACUAUGUCAUGCGAUCAAUAAGUGCUAUGCAUUGAGCUUACCGACUCUCAUACAAGUCAGCCCACGGUUCGGUAUUAUGUUAAUUCUGAUGUGUCUUUCUGUUGGGUUCAUAAUAAUAGAUAUUUGCGCCGUAUUCGGUGUAAUCUCCACUGCCCUACCAGCUGGGAUUGAGCCAUUUUGGAAGCUGUCGUUUGUCUUCAAGUGCAUGUGUGACACAGUUAUCUUAGAUGAUUUCAAAGUAGCUCUGGAUCAGAUUCGUGAGCACUGGAUGAACCGACAAGCAGAACAAGGGGGGCUCCCUUUCUAUACCGCAAGAGACCCUCCACGGAGCCUACCUAAUAGAGUUGAUGACAUCGAAUCUUAG